GUGCCGCGCCGUGCCGCGCAGCGCCGUGCCGCGCCGCGCCACGCAAUGGCCCAGCAGCAGAUGAGCAGCUCGCAGAAGGCGCUGAUGUUGGAGCUGAAGUCGCUGCAGGAAGAACCAGUGGAGGGCUUCCGGAUCACCCUGGUCGACGAAUCUGAUCUCUAUAACUGGGAGGUGGCAAUCUUCGGGCCCCCGAACACCCUCUACGAGGGUGGUUACUUCAAGGCUCACAUUAAAUUUCCUAUUGACUAUCCAUAUUCACCACCUACCUUCCGAUUCCUGACUAAAAUGUGGCACCCCAACAUUUAUGAGAAUGGAGAUGUAUGUAUUUCAAUUCUUCACCCACCUGUAGAUGAUCCACAAAGUGGAGAGCUGCCAUCUGAGAGGUGGAACCCUACUCAAAAUGUCAGUAUUUCUCUCUCCUGUCCUACAGGAGACCUGAAGGAUCAGACUAUUUUACUGAGUGUGAUCUCUUUGCUUAAUGAGCCAAACACAUUCUCUCCUGCCAAUGUGGAUGCAUCAGUUAUGUUCAGGAAAUGGAGGGACAGUAAAGGAAAAGACAAGGAGUAUGCUGAAAUCAUAAGGAAACAAGUUUUGGCUACAAAAGCUGAGGCAGAGAAGGAUGAUGUGAAGGUCCCCACUACUCUGGCAGAGUACUGCAUCAAAACUAAAGUGCCUUCCAAUGACAACAGUUCAGAUUUACUUUAUGACGACUUGUAUGAUGACGACAUUGAUGAAGAAGAUGAUGAGGAGGAGGAUGCCGACUGUUAUGAUGAUGAUGAUUCUGGCAAUGAAGAAUCGUGACCUGCUCCUUCUGCCCCUAUAUUGCCCUGCCAACUCAGGCCAGAAGGGAGCAGCAGUAACCUAGCAGCAGUCCAGCAAAAAAGUGUGUUGAGGAUCAAAAAAAUCUUAUCUCCUGCUGUCUUUUGUUGUAUGGAUCUGUUUGCUCCUUUUUUAUGGACCUCUUAGAGACCCUCCACAGAAUGUCUGAAUUCUUGCAUUCUUAACCCUUUCAUCACUAUAAUUUCUUUUAAAAAACCCAAACAAACUCCCUUUUCCACUUCUCUAUGAAAUGCUCAUAACAAACCAGGUUUGCUUGUGUUUAGGUUCUUGAAUUAAAUACAGUCUUGCAUUGAUAUAUUCAAUGUAUUUAAAGCUGGAACAAACCCAUUGGAAGCUGGGUUUUCAGGAGCUCAAGUGCUACAUUUACUGGGAAGAAAAAAAGUCCAUGCAAAGGAAAUUGCCAUGGUUUAGCUGUUCCAUUUACAAUAAUAGUGUUUAUACAUUUGUUCAGCCUUGUGGUGGUGGCUUUUCCUUUAUAAGGUAUGGGGCAGAGAGUAUAAAGCUAUAUGAAGCUUUAUAUGAGCUUGAUGGGCUGUUACUGAAAGGUACAGUAUUCCUUUUCAGCCUGCUCAAGUUAGGAAAUAUCUGGCCCCUGGAGCCCUAGAGAACACAAUCGACUUUGUCUCUGAAAAAGGCUUGUGAUACGAAUCCUAAAAUAAACACUUAAUGUCUAUAUAACUGAGCCCUGGGUUGCCUUUUUUUUCCCAGACUAGGUUGAGAUUACGAGAUUUCAGUUUAGCUAUGCUGCUGAGAUUUGUUGCCAACUGCCCCUCUCCUGAGGGAGGAGAACAGAUGUGCAUCCUGCUGCCCAAUGGGCCAGAAUUUAUUGCAAACUUGUUUUUUGGCAGUGGGAGAGACCAAUAGCCUUCUGCCCCAGUACUCAUUAGCAGUCCUUGCUUCCUGCAGCCUAAGUCUGGUGCUGGCCUGAGUCUUCUUUCUGUUGCUUAAGUAGGUAAUAUGUUGGUUAAUGCAGCUUGCUGUAGCUCUGUGGAGUCGACAAUAGUCAAAGCUGCCUUUGAUGCCUACCUGGGGUGGCAGGCUGUCCCUGUGCCUGCAGUGACUGCUGGGGCAUGGGACAGAGGGGAUGGAUGUGUGCUGGACUCUCUCGUGGCUGGCUGGAGCAUGGGUGAGUGUGUGCAGCACCCCAGGAGAGGGGUACAUAGUGCUUUCAGGAUGAAAGAGAAGGCCAGUGGUAAGGUUUGACGGGCUAUAUAGCAGCAUGCUUCAGUUGGUGCACUGAGCUCAGCCUUCUGCAUGUUUUUGAGAGCUCUUGGUAGAGCUUAGGGCCCUUCCUUGUGGGCAGAAGAGAUUCUGCAUGCAGACACUGCAUAACCCUCUUCCUCAGUCCCUCAGCACCUUCACCCUGAUGCAGUGUGCUGCUCUUGUUCAGCUGUGAUCCAGUAGCCUGAAUUCAACUUUUGCAUGAUUCCUUGAUAAGUAACCAUCUCUGUUUUCCUGUGCUGAGACCUGGCACCUCAAAGAGCAGAUCUGAGAUGGUGGCCCUGCUUGGAUGAGACCCUCCAUUCCCACAGGUAGAGAGACAGUUACCCUGAUAAGAGUGUCAGGCUUGGGCAUUUGUUUAUGCCUCCCCAUUUCAUCUCUCGGGAUUUUCAGUGGUAUGUCACCAUCUGUGGCCUCUUGAAGGGUAUUUUGGGGGUAAACUUUGUUCUGCAAUCAGCUUUGGUGCUGUGGCCUGGGAAUAGGAUGAAAGUGAACAAGCUCAAAGUGCGCUGCCUGGAAGGACACGAGGGGAAGGCAGCCUUUGGGAAGGAAGGCUGAUGGGGCUCUGAAGCAAGCAAGGCGAAUGUAUUUUCGGAAUGUUGUUUGGCUGGGAUUUGCUGUAGCCGGGACAGUACCUGCACCUCUGCCCCAGGGUGUGCUAAUAGUGCAUCCCUUGGGCCCCUGUGGAGUAAAGGCAGUCUAGGUGGUGAUACCUUAUCCCCCAGAGCUCUCUGUGAUGGUCUGCACUCCUGGUUGUGUGUUGCCUCAGGAGGCAGCUGGACCCCUCCUGAGGUGUCCCACAUGGGCUCAUCCAGCAAGGACUGUCUCAACCUCUAGUACUUUUUGGAGCUCUCAAUGGGACACCACUGCAUCUAGUGAUAGUGGAAAGCACCCUCCAGCUUUACUCCAGCACUGUGAGGGCAAUACCUGUAUUGGCAAAUGGGCCCCUGGCACCCCUGGCUGCAGGACUAGGCUCAGGGAUGCACUGGGACAGAGACACCAACCUCCAGCUUUCAGGGGGAUGGGACGGGACAGUUGGGGAGUGAAGGAGCAAUGCUAUCUGUGCUAAUGACUUGGUAUCUAAUGGUACUGCAUCUUUCAGGAUUUCCCUUGUACUUUUGACUAUCUUUACUAUAUAUUCUCCAGUGACUUUUUACAUGCUUAGUGGUGCAAGAUGCAUUAUCAUGACUUUUCUGUAUACUUUUUUUUAAGACAACAAAAAACAAAACUAAUUUGAGAGCUUCUACUAAUUUAUCUUCCUCACUGUUCAUUACUUUGUUUCCUCUUUUAAAACAUGAACCAAACUAUGAGGGUUGGUUUUGUUUUGAUGUUUGUUGGGGUUUGGUGUUUGUUUGCUUAUUUGGAGAGGGGGUUGUGUGGUUUUGGUUUGUGGUUUUGUUUGUUUGUUUUGGGUUGGGAUUUUUUUGUUUGUUUGAUUUUUUUUUAACUAUUUAAGAAAUUGUAGAAAAACGUUUACCUCAGCUGUGUAUUCUGUGUUUAUUUGGUUUUUUUCCUAUCUCAGAUAACAUUAGUGUUUACAUUUGCUACUACAUGCCACUUCAAAUACAAUUUUCAACUAUUCUGAAACCAUCAGGGUAUACUAGAUUUCUUAGUAGCUUCCUUAGAUGUUUCUUUUCUUUUUUAGUGUAAUUUACCAGAAGGAAUUAACUGAUACAUUUUUUGUGUUGUCUUCCCCCUCAGUAGUUAUAUUUUGCCUUUUCUGCCUACUAAUAAAAAUGUGAAAUUAAAA